AUGUACACCUCCAUCAAGACCCUCGCCACAGCCAUUGUUCUGCCCCUGGUGGCAGCCCUCCCUCUCAGCCAGCCCGUCGUUUUCGACAGCAGCAAGCCUUUCACCCUCCACACCGAAGUCCCUCAUGGUGGCGCGNGGGCCAUUCAACCCCACCCAUUCAACUCUCAAUACCUCACUGCUUUCCACGUUGGUGCCGGUCAAUCAACCAUUGUUGCAACCAAGAACGAUACCGUCGUCAUCGGAUGGACCCUUUCGGACUCAAUCCUCCAGCAGCCGAUUGCAAUCAACGGCGCUCCUGCCGGCUUCGCAUACAACCUCAGUCUCGUUGAGCAAGCACCCUUCCGCUCCGAUGCUCCUUCUGGCUACGACUAUGUCUCCCUGGGUGCAACUGGUGAAGCAACCACUGGCUUCUCUUUCAGAGGGCGCAAGCUCGUCUGGUCUGGCUCAAACUCGACGACCGCUCCUAAAUCUUUCGACGGCCGCUUCGCCCUGUGCCGUGUCAACGGAACUGCUCCUUACUUCAGCCUCGGACCUCAAUUUCAACUGCUUUGGAGAACUGACGAUGCUCCCAGCAACAGCUCCAGGUGUGCUGACGUCGACUUGAUCGGAGAGAACAUCGCCUAG